AUGGCAGAAAGUCUGGAUAGAUGUAUAGAUGAUAUUGAGAGGGCAGUGGAGUCCAUGUCUACGCUCUACUUCAAGCCACCGGGAAUUUUUCAUAAUGCCAUCUUACAGGGAACUAGCAACAAAGCAAGCAUUAGGAAAGACAUUACUAGACUAAUUAAAGACUGCAACCACGACGAGGCGUACCUCCUGUUUAAAGUAGACCCUGAGAAACAGUCCGUCUCACGUAGAGAUGGUAAGGAGGGUGUAUUUGAUUAUGUGAACAAAAGAGAUGUGGAUAUGAAAAGAAAUAGAAGGUUAGGUAGACCAGGAGAAAAACCAAUUAUUCAUGUACCGAAAGAAGUAUACUUGAAUAAAGACCGCUUGGAUUUGAGCAAUAAAAGGAGGAAAACUAUGGCUACAGGUGGCAAUGGUUUAAAUAACUUUAUUUUUGAUACAGAUAUUAUAGGGUCCUCGGUCAUUUCGAAUUCAAGCUCAGGUACCUUCAAGGCGUUAUCUGCCGUGUUCAAGGAUGACCCACAAAUUCAACGACUCUUAUAUGCCUUGGAAAAUGGGAGCGUGCUUAUGGAAGGAGAAACCAAUAACCAAAGGAGGAAAACCAUAUUUGUUGAGGAUUUCCCCACCGAUUUAAUCCUAAAGGUUAUGGCAGAAGUAACAGACUUAUGGCCACUAACAGAGUUCAAGCAGGAUUACGACCAAUUGUACCAUAAUUACGAGCAAUUAUCUUCGAAGUUGCGGUUCAUUAAGAAAGAGGUUCGGCUUCAAGAUGAUCGCUUAAAGACUAUGUCAAAAUAUCAUCCUUCCUCUUCUCAUGAUGUUGCCAGGAUUAUUCGCAAGGAAAAAGAUGAAAUUAGGCGGCUGGAAAUGGACAUAGCAGACUUGCAAGAGCAAGAUACCACUUCUACUCAAGAAUAA